AUGGAGGCCAUCCACGAAGCCUUGGCAAAAGAUAAGGCCAAAAACCACGCUACCUGGAUCCCAUAUGUGACGGCUGGCUAUCCGGCCGUUAGCGAGACACCGGGUAUGAUGCUGUCCAUGCAAGCCGGGGGUGCAGACAUCAUCAAACUUGGCAUUCCUUUCACAGAUCCUGGGACCGAAAGCCCAACCAUCCAGCAGGCCAAUGCUAAGGCCCUCGCGAAUGGUGUUCAAGUCUCCUACAUCCAGCAGACGGUCAAGUCAGCCCGUAAACCAGGUCUGGCUGUCCCGGUGCCGCUGGCAGGUUACAAGGUUGUGCGUGAGUAUCCCUACGGAGAGGAGAAUCUGUAUUCAGCUAAGAUCCCAGACUAUCGUACAUUCCUCUCUCAUUUCCUCUUCCACCCCGAACGCUCAUACGGGGAUGAUUUGCAAGAUCGCUGA